AACAUUCAAGCUACAUGUAUAAAAAGAGCAGAGACCUCAGCGGCUGAGUCGACGGAAUUAGGACAUAAAGGAUUCAGACAGGAAACUUCCCCAUAAUUAUAUACUUCUUGCGGUUGUAGUUUAUUUCAAUAACGUAGAUAGAAAAAAGUAUUCUUGCUAAUGUACGAUACCCAGUUCUGCUGAGUUCACCUUACACGCAGAGGAAGAGAAGAAAAUGAUGAACCAGUUCAACCAUGAAGAAGAGUUGGGGAAUCUUCUGAUAUGCUCAGAUCUUAUAUCCAACUGUUGGGCUCAUAUUAUGAAGGUCAAUGAAGAAACCCCAAAAGAAGUUAAUUCGAGCUUGUUGCCUCAGACUGUUAAAUACAAACGUUUUGAAUUUUUUGAUGCUCGAAAUUCUACUGAUGUUACUAUUAUAGCUUUUUCUUGCUCUAUGAUUUCUAGUGAUCUUCGUGGUGAGGGUCAACGUUUAGUUUCAUCUGCAGACCUCAACUUGGAGCUCUUUGAUUUUCUUUCCACAAAUUCCAACCCUUCCUUCUCUCUUCAUAACCUUGCUAUACAACUUUUUCAUUCUCUCCUUGCUCAACUCAUUCAAGAAAAGAUUAAUACUACGAAACCCUUGAUCAUUACUGGGCAUUCUCUUGGGGGAUCUGUUGCCUCGCUGUUCACAAUAUGGCUGCUAAACAACAGCUACAAGAAAAUAGAGUACAGAAAAACCAAAUUCCCAAUUUGCUUAACUUUUGGGUCACCGUUACUUGGCAAUGAGGGCCUUCAAAAAGCCAUAUCAGGACGGCCAUCUUGGGAUUCAUGCUUUGUGCAUGUCGUCUCAACACAAGAUCCAGUUCCCGGGUUGUUUCUAUCACCCCACAACACCAUUGACUCGGAGUCCUGUUUUGAAAGCAAAUAUAAGUCCUUUGGUUUAUACCUCUUCUGCUCUGAAUCCCGCUUUGCUUGUAUCUCUAAACCUGAGUUAGUCUUGGAACUAUUAUGGGCCUUUAGUUCAAAGAAUCUGCCCUUCAAUGAUUAUGGAUUGCUCUUGAAAGGAGUUAAAAGCAAGGCAAUUGUUAGAGGGAUUGAUCUAGUUGAGUGUGAUAACAAUCCAUUCCGCACUGGGAUCACAUUACAGCUACAAGCAAUUGGAAUUCAUGAUACGCUGAACAAAGACUUGAUCGGAAGAAUUGUGACAAAGCAAAAGGAAUCCUUAGAACGCAAAGCUUAUGAAGUUGGUUUAGAUGAAAGUUUGAAGAAGAUGAAAAUAGAAAUGACCUAUAUGGAGUGGUACAAGAAGACUACAAGGACUCGAGGAGGUUAUUACGACACCUACAAAAGUUCAGCUCGAAGCCGAAAUGAAAGUGUAACUAAAGCAGUAUUGGUCAAACACCAAAGAAGUCUCACAAAGUGCUGGGCAAAUGCUGUUUAUGAAGAGAGGAGAACUGAUGCAAAAUCAUUCACAUUUUGUCUCCUCAUGGCAGGAAAUAACUAUAGGAGGAUGGUGGAACCGCUUGAUAUAGCAGAAUACUACAAAGGUUAUUGUUGAUAGAGGAAUUUGGUAAUCAACAAAGAUGAGGUUCACGGCCGGAAUCAAGAUCCGUGACGGUGGUUUUGGUCGCUGGAGAGUGGUGGUUGUUUGUUUUAGGGGGUGGCUGAGAUUAGAGUUUUGAGUUGGUCUCACGUGCUCUCAACUCAUGAUCCCCCAAUGUGCCUACGUACCCCUAUAUUUAUAGGGGAUCAAGCCAUACGUAGUUCUAUGGAACCAGGAGUCCUAGUUUGAUCAGGACUAGGCCUCUUGGCAAUAAGGUCGGAGAUAGGCCGAAGGCCCAUCUUGGAGAAUCCUACUCCUGUUAGAAUUAGUCUUGAGUAUGACUACCUCAGACUCCUAAUCCAAAUAGAUCACGGAUUCAACGAUAUCUCCACUACGAGAGAUAGCAUCUACCACGAGUCCACGACUCUUAUGGAGAAGUUAUCUGGGGGAGCCAUGACUAACCCCUCGAGGUGCAGGGACACGUCCUCACCUCUCGGUGAGGUCUUCAUCUUCAAACAAGGUAGACAAGGAGCCAAAUUACACGAUCGUCUCAAUCCCCCGAUGAGGGCUAACUCACCAGAAUACAGGAUCCAGACAUAUGAUCGGCCUUCGUGUUACCCCGGAGGGCCUUCAAGAGCCAUGAUCACCUCAAGCCCCCACACGAGGGUUAACUCGGCAGAUAGCAGGAUUGAGGAUUGUAGAUCAUGCCCGGAUGAGCCCGGGAACUAUCAGAUGAGCCUGAUAACUACCAAAUGAGCUUGGUAACUAGUCUUCAUAUCCCUCGGAAGGGUCGUCACGGAGACUCACUCAUCCUCUUUCUUUCAUCAUGUAUUUCAUAACUAUGCCUCUUCUGAGUCAAAGGACGCGCCCUGAUAGGGAGGACGUGUCCUUCCCAAUUCCCGUCUUCAUCCCUGUUUACUGGACAAGAGACCGCACCUCCCGGGCCAUGUCUGGGGAGGGCGCUUCCUUCCCUUAUCUUGUCUUCAAUCCUCCUUACUGGACAAGAGACCGCACCUCCCGGGCCAUGUCUGGGGAGGGCGCGUCCUCCCCUCCACAUGAUAUACAAAAACAGCUACAACACCUCGGAAGAGUCGUCGUAUCCCCCGGAGGGGUCGUCAUAUCCCCCCCGGAGGGGUAGGUCUUCCUAUCCCCGGAGGGACGGUCUUCGUCUCCCUCGGAAGGGUUGUCUCAGCGAAUGUACACUCUCCCAUAAGAAGAGCCUUCUUACAACACAUCAGACAGGUCCUUCUUUAACAUGAGGUCGCGCCCCCGGGGAGGCGAGGACACCCCGUUAAAGGCACGCCCUUGGUCUUCAUCUCAUUGUCAACUUCUUACAAGGGACGCGCCCCUCGGUCACCUCCGAAGAGGGCGUGCCCUCCUCCACAUAUUACAGGACGUGGGUGGACGGAGGUCGGUCGCGUCUCUCCAUCAACACUCUCAAGUAAGGCGUCCCUCCUUGUGACUCGGAGGACGCGUCCUUUUCAAGCAACACCAAGGGUCGGUCGCAUCCUCCCUUUAUAAGCAGGAGGACGCCUCCUCUUCACGCAACACCAAGGGUCGAUCGCAUCCUCCCCUUAUAAGCAGGAGGACGCGUCCUCUUCAUGGGACACGUGUGACCUGGAGGACACAUCCCUCCUUCCGACGCGGAGGACGCGUCCUCUUCAUUAAGAUACGCAACAUCGGCGGAUCAGUCGCGUCACGGAGGGCUGCGCCCUUCCGUUCAGACUAGUGUCUUCAAGGGUCGGUCGCGUCCUCCCUUUAUAAGCAGGAGGACGCGUCCUUCCUUUAUAUAGGACUCUUAGCCCAAUUCAUGUCUUACUUAGUUAAACUAAGUACAUACUUGGCCCAACAAGGACCUAGCCAAAUUUGGCUAUAACAAGUACUCCCCAAAUUUUCUUGAUAUUGGAGAUAUCAGGGAAAUUUUUACUCCAUACCACACAUCCUCUUCCGAGAGCGCGUCCGCGCAUAGAGGCGUGACGUAAGCCACUUCUAUUCCUCGACAUUCCAAGAUGCAGGCUGUGCACAAGCCUUGCAUGUAUAUAAUGUCGGUGUCUUUGAUCAUUUAGCAAAGUUGCUAAGCAUGAGGCUGUCGCGUCUUCUUGAUGUGUUCAUAAAUAAUAAGCAAUCUUUAUGUAGACAAAAGAAAACAGGGGGCGCGGCCUAUCUGUCGUUGACAGUGGCGCAGCUUCGCUUAUUCCUUCCAAAUGACACAUUCAACCAUAACAUUCGCGCCAAUGAACUUCAACAAAAGAAGGGCGCGCCUUCGCUGUGCGAAGGUUUGUGGCUUUUUUUUCAGCCUUACUGUGUCCAUGGUAUCUGGGAAUAGUAAAUAUAAGGCGCGACUUACAGAAUGGCGCCGCCUAGUUAUAACAUGACCCCUUUUAAUUCUUUUUGUUAAAGAAUUGCCUAAGCAGAGGGCGCGGCUGAUGGCGCUGCCUUGCAAUAUUUCUUUUCUUUCAAGGACUGUAUAAGCAGAGGGCGCAGCCUUACUUGUAAGGCUCUUUUGAUCUUUUCCAAGGAUUAAGUAGAGGGCGCGGCCUUUGGCGCAGCUUUACUUUUUCACGCGUGAAUCACUUGCUUAAGAAAUUCAAAAGGACCACUCCCCAGUCCAUACAUCAUCCCAUACGAGGCAUCACGAAUCUUAUCGUGGUUUAAAAAAGCUCCGGUGCAUCGCACGGGUCCCAGAGCUAAUAGCUCAAUGGGGAAUUAAUAGUAUAAACUGUUAUCCAGAGCAUAUCAUGAAUAUGUAAGAUCCAGAGCGUAUCAUGGAUGCGCAAGUAUAAUGUCCAGAGCGUAUUAUGGAUGCGCAAAUAUAGUAUCCAGAGCAUAUCAUGGACACGUAAAUAAUCAUAGCAUCCAGAGUAAAUCGUGGAUGACAUCCAGAGCGUAUCAUGGAUGGUUAAAAUUCAUAGUACCCAGAGCUAGUCAUGGAUAAUUUGGUAACCUUUGAAAGGCCUUAAGUGUACCUUAAUCAAAGACCUUGCAGGUAUCAUGCUACGUUCCCGUAGAACGGAGGGCGCGCCCUCAUCAAGAUGGACAGCUCCUUUAGCAUGUUAGACUUGACCUGCACUUUAUCAUGUAUACGACUUAAUACUGAUGGUCAGUGUUACCUCACGACGCGCCCUGUUAGGGGAAGACGCGUCCUCCCAAAUUAUCAACCCUGGAAACAUGACCUUGGAACUCGGGGUGCGUCCAACUAGGAGGAGGCGCGUCUUUGAAGCAUCUCCCUUCUCAACAUUAUUAUCCUGGGGGCGCGCCCUCAUGUGCUUCCUCAAGUGAUGAGUACUUCCGGGAGGACGCGCCCUAGGGAGGGACGUGACCUCUUCAAGACUAGUGAGCUCCUUCCUGAGUAUGUUUGUCUUCACAAAGUAUCAUAUGAAGCAAUUAAUGCAUCAGACAUACCAGAGGGCGCGCCCUGUCAGAGGGAGGCGCGCAAUUCGUUCUCUGAUAGAAUACUGGUUGGAUAUGGCGUACCCCUUUAGGAGGGCGCGCCUUGUUGGAGGAAAGUGCGACUACUCCUCACGGCGAAGAGGUGUAUUCCUCAUAAAGGUAACACCAUAUUACCUGUGAAUUUACACAUGUAGUAGUCUUAGGGAACCAAAUACUGGGGGAGUUUAGUAUUUACCUGAGGGCGCGCCCGGUCAGGGGAAGGCGCGCACCCUUACGACUUUUCGAGCUAGGUUCCAUCUCAAUAGCUCGCCCUUCGUAACCUUCCCGUUCAUAUCAUCACACGUGGUCAGGCCUUCAACAUGCGCCUCUCGCGAACCUCAAAUUACUUGCUCUGGGGAGGGCGCGCCCCUUCAGAAAACCGUUGAGGCUUCCAGGGAGGCGAUCUCCUUCUCGUAAAGACUCAAACCACAACAGACUUGUUAGCAAUAACAUGCGAAAGCAUUGUGAGAAUCUUACCCGGAGGUGCGCCUUCUUCGGAGGUGUCAGGGAAUUCAUUCCUCACGGUGGUAGUCGAGCACCACAUCACUUGGAGGUGUACCCUGUCAGAGGGAGGUGUACCCUGUCCUGGGGAGGUGUACUCUAUCCGGGGGAGGUGUACCCUGUCCGGGGGAGGCGUACCCUCUUCGUAGGUGUCAAGGGAUGCAUUCCUCACGGUGGUCGUCAGACACCACAUCACCUGGAGGCGUACCCUGUCAGGGGAGGUGUACUCUCUCCGGGGGAGGCGUACCCUCUUCGUAGGUGUCAAGGGAUGAAUUCCUCACGGUGGUCGUCGGACACCACAUCACCUGGAGGCGUACCCUGUCAGGGGAGGUGUACUCUCUCCGGGGGAGGUGUACUCUGUCCGGGGGAGGCGUACCCUCUUCGUAGGUGUCAAGUCUCCGAAAAUCGCAUCCUUCGCUGACUCCCCGGUCCAGAAUACCUUGUUCGCACAUUAGGUUACCUCCUAGAAUUUAGUUGAUGAUCGUCCUCCUUCAAACUCCCGAUGGAGAUAUCGUCCUUUUUCUGAAAAAGUAGAUGAAGGUCUCCUCCUCUUUUGUGCUCUAGCCAUCGCCCUGCCGGAAAACGCUCCUCCUCUACGUGCGAAUCUCCGUCGUGUGACAUCUCUUCCUCCUAAGAUGAAGAUCUUGAAUAGCCCCUCCUUCUAGCGCCAAUUUGUUGAUAGAGGAAUUUGGUAAUCAACAAAGAUGAGGUUCACGGCCGGAAUCAAGAUCCGUGACGGUGGUUUUGGUCGCUGGAGAGUGGUGGUUGUUUGUUUUAGGGGGUGGCUGAGAUUAGAGUUUUGAGUUGGUCUCACGUGCUCUCAACUCAUGAUCCCCCAAUGUGCCUACGUACCCCUAUAUUUAUAGGGGAUCAAGCCAUACGUAGUUCUAUGGAACCAGGAGUCCUAGUUUGAUCAGGACUAGGCCUCUUGGCAAUAAGGUCGGAGAUAGGCCGAAGGCCCAUCUUGGAGAAUCCUACUCCUGUUAGAAUUAGUCUUGAGUAUGACUACCUCAGACUCCUAAUCCAAAUAGAUCACGGAUUCAACGAUAUCUCCACUACGAGAGAUAGCAUCUACCACGAGUCCACGACUCUUAUGGAGAAGUUAUCUGGGGGAGCCAUGACUAACCCCUCGAGGUGCAGGGACACGUCCUCACCUCUCGGUGAGGUCUUCAUCUUCAAACAAGGUAGACAAGGAGCCAAAUUACACGAUCGUCUCAAUCCCCCGAUGAGGGCUAACUCACCAGAAUACAGGAUCCAGACAUAUGAUCGGCCUUCGUGUUACCCCGGAGGGCCUUCAAGAGCCAUGAUCACCUCAAGCCCCCACACGAGGGUUAACUCGGCAGAUAGCAGGAUUGAGGAUUGUAGAUCAUGCCCGGAUGAGCCCGGGAACUAUCAGAUGAGCCUGAUAACUACCAAAUGAGCUUGGUAACUAGUCUUCAUAUCCCUCGGAAGGGUCGUCACGGAGACUCACUCAUCCUCUUUCUUUCAUCAUGUAUUUCAUAACUAUGCCUCUUCUGAGUCAAAGGACGCGCCCUGAUAGGGAGGACGUGUCCUUCCCAAUUCCCGUCUUCAUCCCUGUUUACUGGACAAGAGACCGCACCUCCCGGGCCAUGUCUGGGGAGGGCGCUUCCUUCCCUUAUCUUGUCUUCAAUCCUCCUUACUGGACAAGAGACCGCACCUCCCGGGCCAUGUCUGGGGAGGGCGCGUCCUCCCCUCCACAUGAUAUACAAAAACAGCUACAACACCUCGGAAGAGUCGUCGUAUCCCCCGGAGGGGUCGUCAUAUCCCCCCCGGAGGGGUAGGUCUUCCUAUCCCCGGAGGGACGGUCUUCGUCUCCCUCGGAAGGGUUGUCUCAGCGAAUGUACACUCUCCCAUAAGAAGAGCCUUCUUACAACACAUCAGACAGGUCCUUCUUUAACAUGAGGUCGCGCCCCCGGGGAGGCGAGGACACCCCGUUAAAGGCACGCCCUUGGUCUUCAUCUCAUUGUCAACUUCUUACAAGGGACGCGCCCCUCGGUCACCUCCGAAGAGGGCGUGCCCUCCUCCACAUAUUACAGGACGUGGGUGGACGGAGGUCGGUCGCGUCUCUCCAUCAACACUCUCAAGUAAGGCGUCCCUCCUUGUGACUCGGAGGACGCGUCCUUUUCAAGCAACACCAAGGGUCGGUCGCAUCCUCCCUUUAUAAGCAGGAGGACGCCUCCUCUUCACGCAACACCAAGGGUCGAUCGCAUCCUCCCCUUAUAAGCAGGAGGACGCGUCCUCUUCAUGGGACACGUGUGACCUGGAGGACACAUCCCUCCUUCCGACGCGGAGGACGCGUCCUCUUCAUUAAGAUACGCAACAUCGGCGGAUCAGUCGCGUCACGGAGGGCUGCGCCCUUCCGUUCAGACUAGUGUCUUCAAGGGUCGGUCGCGUCCUCCCUUUAUAAGCAGGAGGACGCGUCCUUCCUUUAUAUAGGACUCUUAGCCCAAUUCAUGUCUUACUUAGUUAAACUAAGUACAUACUUGGCCCAACAAGGACCUAGCCAAAUUUGGCUAUAACAGUUAUAAACAAGGCCAGAAAGACUACUGGGCCGGAGGUAGAUCAGAGCAUUAUAUUCUGUUGGAGAAAUGGCUAAAUGAAAUGCAAAUCACGCCUAGUCAGAGGACUAAAAACUGUAGUUUUAAUGUGGAUUCUUGCUUUUGGGCACAUGUGGAAGAGGCUUUAAUUUUGGUCAAAAUGUUAAGCACUGAAGAGAGCUCUCCCGAGAAUGAGGAGCUAUUCCGAAAACUAAACAACUUUGAGGAGUAUGUGAUGGAUUCGAUAGCUAAGCGUAUAGUAGACCCUGAGAUUUUCUUGGAAGGAAGCAGCUUCCAGUUAUGGUGGAGCCUAUACAGUGAUAAGAAAGGAGAUUCUUGCAAAUCCCCUUUGGCUAAUUAUAUGAGGGCUAGAAGUUAUGAAGCUUUGUUGUAAUAUGCUGACAGAGUUCAUGUGAAGCUAAUGACGCGAAAACAAGAAAACGAGUAAACUUUGGAUGGGAGUGGAAGUCUUAAAGCGGCUCAAACUGGCACCAAUGUUAAGACUUCUUAUGAUGUGUGUGUGUGUCAUUGAUUUCGUAGAUGCGUGCUUAAACUUUUGUACAGGAAGAACUGGCUAAGCAUUAGUCAUGAGCUAGCUUGUUUUGAUCUUAAUAAAGGGCAAGCAAGCAUGCUACAUUGCUACUUGGUUAGAAUCACUUUCGGUAAGGACGUUUGGUAACAUGGUUGUGAAUAAGCGAAACCGACCUGAGUUUUCAGGUUUCAACUCUUUAGAAUUUAUUUA